AUGGCGGACGAGGACGAAGUAGAAAUUCGAGGAGUAAAAAGACCUCUUGUUGAAAAUUACAGCGACGAUGAGGAGGAGGAAGAAGCCAGGAGGAAAGAAGGUGAGAAUUAGAUUUGAAAAUGAAGAAUAUGAGUUCAGAUUUGUGAAAAAUGUGUUCUCUUAGGCCCAAUUUGGGUGCUUGGAAGCUCAACCUCGUGUUUUGUCGGUGCAGUGCAGUAGUUAAUUGUUGAGGUGUGAUACAAAAAAGCUCGUAGAUUGUCAUAUUAUUUAUUACUAUCAUUUUUUAUUGCGAGUAUGACCUCUAGUUACUUUCGCAGGACACAAAAUAACCAAAGAACGCCUAGAUGUUAAAAUCCUCACCUCUUAUUAUGUUAGCAGAUAAACAGCGCAACUUGAAAUUUUAGUGACAGCCUUGUUGCCCCCUUUUUUCCUUUUUCUGGUUCUUAACUAGGCUUUAUUUUGGUGGGAAACAUUUUAGGAAAGCUUUUAGGAUCGAAGGAGUAGAUUGCAGCAAGGAGAGUCAUGUCCGACAGUCCAAUAGCCCGGCGGGGUUAGUGGAGUUUGCUAUCCGGGUAGUAAAUAUGGUUCUUAACUUGCCUGACGGGCAAGUGAAGUUUUUUGGGGAAUUCAAAUUGAAGAAUUGUAAUAAGUCCUGCUCAUCAAAAAGUUUCUGGGGCUCCUUAAAAUGACUCUUGACUAUUGCUGCAGGUUGCCUAAAUGGCAAGCCGUAAAGCGUAGGAGCUUAAGGUACAGUACAUGUAGAAUGGGUAAUUCUAGAAAAUAUCCCUACUAUACCAUGGAUGGCUUCUAUAUUUUAACCCCCUCUGCCCAUGGAUUUCUUAAAUGCAUCAUCCCCCCAUGCCCUCAAAAUUCCAUGAUUGUUAGACUUCUUCCCGUUUGGAUAUUUGCCUUUUCAAAAGCGUUUUCAAGGAAUACACUCGUGUCUGUCCCCCGUAGAAAUUCCAGAUCUAUCCCCCCCACCAUGCCUUGGGAGCUCCACUCGUAAGCCUCCCCCCCCCCCCCCCCCCCCCCCACUUGUCUCCCCCCCCUCUCCCUCCGCACUCCUCUCCCCCCUCCCCCCUCGCCUAUGUCGCCUUCUUUCAGUAUCCCUCCUCUACUUUUCAAAAGCGUUUUCAAGGAAUACACUCGUGUCUGUCCCCCGUAGAAAUUCCAGAUCUAUCCCCCCCCCCAUGCCUUGGGAGUUCCAAUCGUAAGCAUCCCCCCCCCCCCCACCCGCAUGUUUUUGCAUUCCCUGCCUUGCCCUCGGAAUUCCCUUGAGCCAUCCAUGGUAUCGUAUGGAUAUUUUCUAGAAUAACCCAAUGGGCAACAAAAACAUGCAACUUGUUUUGCAACAUCGCUACAAAACAAGUUGAAUAGCGGUGUUGUAUGUUUUACCACCCAGGAAUCAACCUGUCUUGCAACAAAUCAGUUUGAUGCAGGUUGCAAAAAGUUGUUGUACAAAAUCUUUACAUGUUGUGCGUUAAUUUUUUAUUGACCCAAGGCAAACUUGUUUUGCAGUAAGCACUUGAGGUAACUCCCAAGUACGACAUGACUCCCCUGUAAUUUUAUCCAAUCAGAAGUCAGUAUUCAGGCAACUUGCAACAACCUGAUUUGUUGCAAGACAGGUUUAAACGUGGAGUGAUGAAACGUGCAGCAUCGCUUUUCAACUCGUUUGGGCCAGCAAUGUUGCAAAACAAGUUGGACGUUUUCGUUCUGCAUUUUACAGUAGCUUUAGGAGCUUAGGAGUUAUAAGACAGUAUCAUUAUCAGUAUCAUCUUUUUUUCUAUGGCACUCAGUGCCAUUCAUUAUGAUUCAUAGCUCUGUGAUGCCGGGUUUACUUUCCUCUGUUUUUAGCCACAUUUUAAACAUUAACAAAUCAAGUUGAAAUGUUUCUUUUUUCUCUUAGAACACAGUGCUUAUCAGAGCAGACAUUGUCCUUACCUUGAUACAAUAGACAGGUAGGAAAUGUUUAUUAUAACUGUCUAUAAAUUGUUGGUGAAUUGGACUGGUUAACAGUUAACUGACAGACUUUUGUGAAAGGUGUUUGACAGUUUCACCAAACGUUAUGGUCUGAAUAUCAAUAAUAAUAAUAUUAGUUGCAAGGUUCAGUACAAAACCAUGCUGACAGAAGUAUUUGAAUUCUUAUUAUCCUAUAACAGAGAUUGGUCCAUCAAUUACAUAACGUUUUUAAACAGGAACGGCAAUGUUUUGUCAAGUUUAAGGAUGUGUAUUGACUUAGUUUGAAUUUUUAGACUUGAUUUACACUUGCUGUAAUUUUUUCUACCAAAACAUCCCAAAUAUAUUGCAAUCUGCUGUUGGUUGAUGUAUAUUUUACAGGUCAAAUUUGAUUUCAGCUUAAAAUUUUUUAACCUAGGCUGAUUCUCAAUUUCUCUUGUCUUCUAGGGAGGUUAAAACAAAAUUAACCUGAAAUUAAAUUUGACCUUUAACAUAUAUCUUCUUUAAAAGCACGUUUUUUCAAAAAAACAUCCUUCACUAUAAUUUUUAUGACAUCUUUGAAAAAUUAUCGUAAUAGAGGAAGCCUAAUUAACAUUAAGCUUCAUAGUUUUGUUUAGGCAUCCUUGCUAAUAAUUUCUUCCUACGUUGUUUGUAUCUUUUUGUAAUUGUGAUCAUGUUAUGUGUGGCAAAUAAAAUACAAAUACAAAUACAAAACUCUUUAGCCAAAACAACCUGGUCAUUACGUAAAAUAUAAAAAAUGACUUUUUUUUUUCAUUAUAGGCAUGUGCUAGACUUUGAUUUUGAGAAACUCUGUUCUGUUUCUUUAUCUCAUAUAAAUGUUUAUGCCUGCUUGGUAUGUGGAAAGUACUUUCAAGGUGAGUCCAUUAUAACUUACCGUUUCAUAAUUGACCGUUUUUUGAGAUGAAAGUUAUCAGUCAUACCACCUACAGACAAAAAGAUGGUUCUUGUUAAAAGAAAUUUUGAAACAUUGAAUAAGAUGAAUGCUUUAUAUCCUUAAUACAUUUUUGACCAGAUGAGGUCAAAUGUAUUGAACCCUGGUCAGAAUUAGCUUUCUACCAAGCAGGGUUGUCACUAAGAGCUGGGGGCCGGGGAUUUCCCCCGGCUACUCAGAGCAUGGCCCCCAGCUACUUUUGUCGUUAAAUUAAACCAAAAGAGCACACCUUUGAAACACACAAGGACUAUCCAUCAAACUUAAUGCAUUUUCAUCUGCAGCAGGUUUAAGUAAUUCUGAAAUACUCGCGUGCAAAAACUAAGAAACGUCGGAAAAAGACAUUUGACUUAGAUUUGGUCCUAAUACACACAUGUGAAAUCUCUCCGUUCACGAAAUGUCAGUAGGGAGUUUUAACAACGGCAACGGCAACGGCAACGGCAAUGAGAACGUCAAAAAAGCAAUAGGUUUAUUGAGCAAAACAACUAGUUCACACGUGCAUCACGCCUUUUUGUACAUUUCUUUGCCCUUACUGCACGAGUACGACGUGAAAAUGCCUAGUUUCACGUUUUAUGGAGGACGUAAAACAAGCGACAACAAACUUUUCUUUCUCUUUCUAAAUUUGAGUGCGCCCAAAGAAAUCAACUCCAGGGAAAUUGGCCUACAUUAGCUAUUUUCAGCGAAUUGAAAUAAACGCGACAAAGUUGGAAAAAACGCCAAUUCAUUUUAAAAGUGACGUUUUCGCUGCCGUCACCUUUGUCGAUGCUAAAAGUCCCUAGUUUCAACCGUUGUGUAUGGUUUGUGUUGAACAUGUCGAAGAAGUGGCAAAAAAUUCUGCACUCUUUGUUCACGAUGAAAGACCUGAGCAGAUCUCUGUUGACAUCACAAGUUGAGGCAUCAUCCGAGGGUUAAAUCUCCCUGAUGCUGAUGUUGAUGAUAAUGAGGAUUAUGAUGAAGGCUUUGAAGAUGAAGACUAUGACUGAUUGCCAUGUUUAUUAUGUGGACAUUUAAGUGACCAGGUCUACAUUUAGCUUUAGGUAUCGAGUAUAUAAAAUAACGUACGGUCAGCGGGAAAUAUUCGAUCAUUGUCCGCAGGCCAUGAUCACAUGCUCUUAGUUCUACUUCCAAGAAGUUAUAUAUAAAAGGGAAGUUAAGCAUUAGCAUUACUUUUACAUUCUUCUCCUUGAGUCUUGUUUUGACAGCGUCGUUUAUAAAGUAUUAACCCUGUCGUUUAAACGCUUUUCAGUAGGUCAGUUUCUUCGUAUGUUAAGUGAUGUUUCGUUCAUAAAUUCGAGACCACUAAUGUUACCAGUUGUGCAAUAAUUCAUUUGCAAUAUUAGUUUCACUUUUGUUUUCCGUAAGUUGUUUCGUUCUUACAUAUAACUAAAUGAGGAUUUACAAUUGCUUUUACAGCGCAUUUUAAUUCAUUUGCACUGUAUAAGAAUCGAUUGUCCUUUCAACAUUUUUAGCAUUUGUAAAGUAUCGUUGUGAUUUAACACUUCACUGGCCAGCAUGCGCCCUGUCUGCAUGAAGAUAAGACUGCACAGAUAACGUGACCGGUGCCAACCUGUCAUUUUUUUCAGGCCCGGUGCUUACAUGUAUAUUCAAAUGUGGCGGCCACUAAAAAAACCCUCCAACGAGCCUUUACGUAAAGUAAUAAUUUAACUAUUUUUUUAGUGUCUCAGAAUGUUGUAGUUUUCUUUAAUAAAGACGUGAUCAUCAUAAAACCGCCAGUGAUAGCUGUACUCUUGAUGAAGAUUGCUUUCUUGGAGCUGUAAUGCCUUUUCGAAAAUGGUAAAAGCUGCACUUCAAAACCUUCUUGGGGGAGGGGGGGGGGGAAGGGGCUCCAUAACUACUUGCGACUUCCCCGGCUACUAACAACAAAUACCUGGCAACUUGAAAUCUUAGAGACAACCCUGACCAAGACCAAGAAAACUAUCAUAACUUGACCCAGAGCAGAUUUUUUUAAUAGUUAAAUGAGUGCUGAACGAUACUGCAUCCACAAAGCUACAGUUGUAUAUUGUUGAUAUAAGUACAGUGUAUGUCAUGGAUCUUGAUUGUGAUUAUUUAUCAGUCUGAUUUUUUUGUCAUUUUCAGGUCGUGGUCGGCAUUCUCAUGCAUAUACUCACAGUGUACAAGUCGAUCAUCACGUGUUUUUAAAUCUCCAUACCUUAAAGGUAUGCAAAAAUAGUUUGAUGAAGUGAGUGUCCUAAUAUUAUCUGUGGCAUUGCAAUUGGACUAGUACAGUGUACAAAUUUAUGCAGCUUUGGUAACCACUGUCUGUGUGCCAUUUCCGCAUACCUGACAGAGUGAUGAAAUUUUGUGACCUGUAAACUAUUACAUCAUCUUACUUACUUCUGUAUCAGGGCUGUGCUGUAAGAAAAAUGAUUUUGUAGGUUGCCAAAAGCUCUGAAGAUUCGUUGUCACCCAGGGGCAAAAGUUAAUGGCCAGGCCACAGGAUUCUGCAAGCACAGCCCUGCAUACACAGAAAAUUGCUUUGAAAAAGCUGAUGUUAUCAUUUUUUUGUUUUUGUGAAAAGAAAUAAAAAAGUAUUUGCUACUGAAAAUCAAGACAUUUCAUCAGUAAAUUGCAAAAAACUGUCGGUAGGUGGCUGGCCAAAAAAAGGCAAUAGACAGGGGGGGAAAGGUAAACAGCAGGUCAAAAUUUGUAUGGCCUGCCAAAAAUAAUAAUAAUAAUAAAAAAAAAUGGUAUACUGUAAUUUUUAUCUAUGUUGAGCCCUGCUUGAUAUGUGAUGUGGCGAGCUGGUACCCCCAGGAUUGGAACUCUAUUUGUAAUUAACUAAGUUAUAUUUCUUUUUAGUUCUACUGCUUACCAGAUAAUUAUGAAGUUAUUGACUCAUCUUUGGAUGACAUAAAGGUAAAUAAUAAUAUUAGUAGUACUCUUUAUUAUGAGGCAACUUUAAUUUUUCACUUUGUGUGGGCAUAUGAGAGGAUGAAUUUGACAUAAUUCAAGGAAAAAGAUCAUAUAAUCUCGCAAUUCAUGUGUUUUAGAAUAAUGACAAAUUAGUGAACCACACUUCAGACCAUUACACUUCUUAUAAGAUGGAAAUUCCAAUUUACUGCUUGAAGGAACACUUCUUACCGCCUACAACCACUUGAAGGUUUACUAAAAUUAUAUAAGUAGUUUUAAAAACUGCACAAGUUGUGAUCCAAUCAGAUCAAGAAAAUGAAAAUUGUUGUCUAAAGAUAACAACAGCCGAUCUGCAUAAAGUAGGUCUUAAAAUGAGGGAAUGAUAUCAAUGUUUCAAAGAACUUAGCUCCUCCUAGGGCGGGGCCAUGUCCCUCACUCCAUAUGGUUGAAAAGACAUGGAAAUAGUUGAGAUUAUUUUGUACCUUUUUUUUUUCAGUAUGUCUUGAAUCCCACUUUUACUAAGGAUGAUAUCACCCAGUUGGACAGAUCAGCAAAGCUUUCAAGAGCAUUUGAUGGAACGACUUAUUUGCCUGGUAUUAUUUUCAUCAGUAUCUGUCUAAAAGAUAUUUUUUUCUUGAUUAUUAACAUUUUAAAAGAUAUUACUUCUGUUCACAAACGGUUGUUUGGUGCAGUCAUUGAAAAGUGCAGGAGAAAAAGAAUUUUUUUUACAACCAGUUGCAAAAAACGCUGAGACACUCCAAAGAGAAACUGACCUUUUUUAAUGAAUACAGUAGAGUACAGACUAGUUUUAUAACUCUUCCCAAGGGCUUUUCAGAGUUAAUUUACAAUAAAUGAAUUAAGAAAAAAAGGAAAAUAAAAAUUAGCUUACAACAUAAUAUUACAGGUAAAUGUCUUAGGCUAAACAUAUUCUCUACAACACAACAAUAUCCAAAAUUAUCUUAGGAAAGAAAAGCAAAAUUUAUUCAAGGUGGCCUCUGUUAUAAGCCUGGUGGUUUUGCUGCUAGUCACACAUCUCUGUGAUAUAAUAUACCUCCCCCCCCCCCUCAUUUCCUCCCAUGCAUUCAAAGUUGCUCCUCCACGGUUUGAGCAUGACUUAAGGGGGGGGGAGGGGAGGGAACAGGAGAUUGUGAGCACAAGAUCAUGGAGUUGCCGUUCAGUCCUAAAUGAGGUGUCAAGUAUUUUUGCAACUGCUUGAGGCAGGUUUCAGUAAGAUUGUGACGACAUUUUCAUCCAGAAAAAGGCUCCCUUAGCUGAUUGAGUUUGAUAUUUCAAAUGCUAUUAAAGACUAGAUGUCCUGUAAAAAGUAGAAAGAUCAGAGAUGAGGGAGGGAAGCAUAAGUUUAUGAAAAAUGUAAAAUGUAAUGUAAAGGAAAUGUUAGGAAACAGUCACAAAAGUUUUUUUCUUCUAGUGGGUAUAGCAACCCUCCAGCCAUAUGUAACGAUAUUAGUGGUUGAAAUGAAUCCACACAGUCUUACAUGAGAGUUAUUUUCCAUUUUAGGUAUUGUUGGGCUUAAUAACAUCAAAGCAAAUGAUUAUCUGAAUGUAGUUCUACAGGUAACAUUUUUUAAUUCAUAUUUCAUUUUAUCAAUGCAAGCAAUAAAUAAGCCCUAGAACUGAUCAGAACCUCUUCCUAUUUAUAAUAACUUUACUCACUGGUAAUCAAAUGUAACAUGAAGGUCAGAGAAUGAAAACAAAUUGAUCACCAAAACAUGAAAUGUCGUAAAGUUUAAACAACAGUUAGAGAACCUAAACAGUACCAUAAGCAGUGUAUCUUGGCCUGGAGAACAACGUGGAGAAUACAUGUUGUGGUUAAAUUUUAUUCUCUACUUUGUUUUGGGGUAUGAUAAUGAAUGGUAAUGAUUUUGAAAGAGAGGAAAGUAUAAAUAUAACUUAAAGUGGGGAUUAGAUUGAAACACAACAGAAUAAUACAUGUAGGAUGUUAUUAUCAAGGCUUAGAGGGUUACAAAAUAAAAUGGAUGCAAUGCCUACCCAUCCCUUAACCCCACUGCCUCCACCACACACACAAUUUCUUGAGCUCUUGGUUUGUCAUUCCUUUUGAUGAUUUGAAGUAUAAAACAAUGGCUUUUCUUCCUGAGUCAAACUUCUUUGGGAUUUGAAAAACUGGGAUUCCUCUGUAUAUUAUAGUAAGUACUAAUAGUACUAGUAAUUAUUAUUACUUUCUUUAACUGGUUGACAAGUCAACUUUCCUAUUAAAUUUACUUUAGCAUAUCCAGUAACUUUUUUUAUGGUGAAGGUGCUGUUUGUUUCUGGUUGAAGGUUACAAAUUUAUUUAUAUCAAGAUCAUGACAUUUUGCAUAUCAUAGAGUGGUUUUCGUUUGAGUGUCGUAAAACCAAAACCAAAGUAAUUACUCUGGCCAAUCACAUAGGACACAGACAAUACAUUGAACCAAUCAAAACUCGAAGUAAUUACAUGCGGCUGACGCAAAGCGACGUCACAAUUGGCUUUGGUUUUACUUCUGAUUGGAUGAAAAGGUGGCGCGAAUCUUUUAAGCCAAUCGCAUCGUGUAGAAAGUGCAAAACCAAUUACUUUUCGACACUCAAAUGAAAACCGCUCUAUGAUCAAGUUCCAAUACCAAAAUAGUUGUCGCAGGUCAAUCAUGUCCAAAGGAUUUUGGAAACUCAAACUUUGAUGACAUUAUUUACAGCGUUAAUUUGUGUUUUUCAUACAUUUCUUACAACUGACACCAAAGUACAUGAAAUUUUUGGAGUUGAGAAUUCACAUGAUUUUUUGGUUAUAAUGUUAUUGUAUUCCAUAGGCACUGGCAUUUAUUCCUCCAGUCAGGGAUUUUUUUCUUAGAGAAGAAAAUUACCAAAACAUCAAGCGUCCUCCUGGAGACAUAAUGUUCCCUUUAGGUACAGGAAUUGCAUUUUUAUCUGUGUUUUGUUUUUUAGAGGUUGUGGAUACUUUCUUGUUUUUGGUCAGCAGUUAACAUUUUGUACCAGUGGGAUACUUUGACAAUAAUUAUUAUUAUUUGUGACACUGUGAUGGGGGUGGGCUUAGUGGCUGUAGCUAAUUGAAUGUAAUGCCCAUGCUUAUUGAUUUAUUUCAAUCACAUCUCUUGGUUGCAUUAAAGAAUAAAUAUUACAUUCAAUAAAGUAUAUGAUAUUGUUGCUACAACAUGCAUUUUCUGCGGUCUUCAUAAAAAGACAAGGAAUUUUAAAACUCCCUGUUUUUUUGUUUGUUUGUCUUUUUUCACCACAGUCAAUAGGUUUGGUGAGUUAAUAAGAAAGAUAUGGAAUCCUCGUAACUUCAAAGCCCAUGUCAGCCCUCAUGAAAUGUUGCAGGUGUGUUUACCUUUCACCAAACAUACUCUUUUAAGUGCUGGAAUAGCAGUUUAGAGUCAAAAUCCAGUUCUGGCCCUCCUGCUUUGUUGCACAUUGUAUUAUUAGCAUGUCAAUAGGCAGUAAAACCCAGAUAAUAAUAAUAAUGACUUACCCACUGGGGCCCAGGAGCAUUUGCGAAGAUUUCCUUUGUGUUUCUUGUGCAAAGGGUGGCACUUUCCAGGCAAGUUUUGAUGGUCUUGGGGAGGUUGAUGGUGAAACAUCACACGGCACUGUCUUGGAAGGUGCUUGAGUGAUUUGGAACAAUAAGAUUAAGUUCAUUCAAAGAUCUUAAAUUCUGUUUGGGUGCUCGUACCUCAACCUGGAGGUACAGUGGCCUGCCUCUGCCAUUAAGGGCCUUGAAUACUGAGAUACGUUGAGUUGAGCUCUAUGUUGGAGAUAUCUGACAUGAUUAUAAAGAGUAUCAUUGUCUCCUCUUGUUCUCCUAGUUAUAUUUGACUCUAAAUUCUUUUUUAGGCGGUUGUUCUGUGUAGUAAGAAAAGGUUCCAGUUCACUGAACAAGGUAAUGACUUAACUAUUUGCUCAAAUAUACCUCCUCAUAACUGGCACAAAAGAGAAGGUGAUGGACUAUUCAUUUAAACCACUUUUGUAUGGUAUUGCUCUCAUUUGUCACAGGCUACAUGUAUAUCAUGUCUCGUAAGCUUAAAAUCAACACAGCAGAAGUUUCAGAGACUGUGUAAUUUAUUAAAACUUGCAGAUUGUGUUGUAAUAAGUCCUAAAUACUUGACUAAUUACCUUGUGUUUUAAACUUGAUCAUACACUCAUUCUUUGUUAAUAGACUAUACUUUCAAAUUCAUUUUUUCAGUUAAAGAGUGUACAUGUAUCCCGUGUUGCCAUUUCUUUUGUUUUGUUAGGUGAUCCUGUGGAAUUUUUAUCAUGGUUUUUAAAUUCUCUUCACACAACCCUUGGAGGAACAAAGAAAGCCACAAGCAGUUAGUCUUUAUUUUUCUACACCAACAUUGUUCGUUAGCAUACAUGUAUCAAAAAUACUCAAUCAAUCUGAGUCCUAGGGCUCAAAAUAAUUUUUGGAUAGUGGCCUGUCAUGUUGUCCAGCCAAAAAAGUGUUAGGUCGGUCAUGGCUCAUUUCUGAGUGCAAAAUGUUGAAAAAUAGCAAACAGCUAAUUGGCAUUCAAAAAGCCACAGAACAAGAACGUCUCAUCUGUAUUCUCCGAAUGAUGACAUCUUGGCUGGACAUUGUCCAUUGACCGGCUGUUAUUUUAAUCCCUGGAUUCCCAUUUUUGUAAAGUACAUAUUGUACCUUAGCACUUUCAGAUACUUGUUAUGUAAUAAGAACAAAAAUUAGAGGUAGAAUCUCAUGCGACAUUUUUCAAAAAUCUUUUCAGGUAACAAUCAAUGAAACGUUUUGGUGAUAUUAUUAUAUCAUGCUAAUAUUUUUAGUUUUCAUUCUUUUUGCACUAACAGUGUUUUGAUUUUAAUCUUAGGUGUGAUUUACAAGACAUUUCAAGGAAAGAUGAGAGUGACCUCUCGAAAGCUUCCUCAAACAGAGGUAUGUCUCUCUGCAUAAAAUAUAAUUGAGCAGGUGUAAGCUAAUUUCUAUGCUUUAAUGUGUAACUUUCUUGCAAAAUCAUUUUGUGAAUGGAAAAAAUAUUUAAGUUACUUUUGGAUAAUGGAACUAUAAAACAACAAUGCUGGCAAUGUGUAAUGAUUGUAUGAACGUUUUUGAAUAUGCUUUUAUGGUUUGAGUCAUUUUAUUUAUUAGUGCAGAAUUUAGAACACAAUUUUUGACAAAGAAUAUCAUCUUAAGAUACAGUAUGUAUAAUCAAUAGAUAGAAAGUGUGGCAGUGAGGACUGUUGAAGCUGAAAAGCUUUUAUCUAGAAAUAUUAACUCUGCAAUGUAGCUAUUUUGAAACAAACAUUGUUGUGCAGGAUAAUGUAUGACAAUGGUUAUGAAACAAAAGACAUGAACCACUUGUUACGUGGUGGUCUUAACCUUCAUGUGUACCUCCACAUAGAGCAACUCGCAUCUAGUCAUAUAUUUGAGUUAAGUACUGUAUUUCUUUGAAUAGUAGCCCAUGCUCUAAUAAGCGCCCUCCCCCAAAUAAGUGCCCAGCCCCUAGGCUAUAAUAUCAAACAAGUGCAAUCCUCAAAUAAGUGCCCCCCUCCCCUCCCUGUCACUUUCUUAAGAAUAAAUAGUAGGGAUACGAAAGAAAUGCAAAGAUCUGCAUAUCACUGAUGAGGAAGAACUCGAGGAUGAUGAGAUGAUCGAUAUUAUGAACCGCUGUAUACCUAUGCAUCUCUGUGUUUUAACACUUAAAAAUGUUUAAUGCGACAGUGGUAUGCUUGAUUACAACUACUGUUUUAACAAACAUGAAACUCUCAAUGGACGUUUUUAUGCUAGAGACAUUAAAGUCAUUCGAGACAUUAAAGUCGUCCUAAGACAGCUUUAACCUCUAGUAUAAGAAAGAUAAAUAAGACCCUGUAGGCACAUUUAAUGUCUUCUGUUAAGUGCAUUGUUCAGAUGCACUGAACAGGCAACUUAAACAACUUUAAAAGGGCCCCCCUCGAUUAAGGACCCUCCCUCCAGUAAGCACCCAUCCUUUUAGCAGUAAUUUUAAUUAAGCGCCCAGGCACUUAUGCGAGGAUAUAUAAAUGGUAAUGUUAUUGAUUUAGCUUCUCCUUUUCACUUUAGAAUGAGGAAGAAAUUAAGAAGGUCGUUGAUGAGGAGGAAUACAAAGGUAAGUUAAAUCCAAAGAGCUAUUUUUCCACCCUACGUAAUCUUUGUCUUCCUUACUAAACAUUACUUUUACAGAUCACCAUAAGAUCACCAGACAAAGAAUAAAAAAAAUCAAGAGAAAAUAACAAUGAAAUAAAAUUUCAAAAAAUUUCAAAAAAACUGCACCCAAAGAGUAGUAUUGGGUUAUUCCAGAAAAAAUCCACACCCCCAUGACGGAGGGACAGUUUUUUGACCCCCCCUUCCACCUGGAUUUCCAAAACUGCUUGAGCCCCCCUCCCCUCAGGAUUUCCAAGUUCAAAGACCCCCCACUCAUCUGGAUUUCCAUAAAAUUGUUAGACACCGUAAUUUUAAUUUACACUCAAUGUAGAAGAAUCCUUUUAGGCACUUAGAUGAUCUUUUUAUUGAAUAAGUCUCAAUUUUCCAUGAAUUCUGUGUUUGUUGUGAAAGUUAAGAUUCCAUUUUCACAUGUUCUUAAAACAGGCUUACAAUUUUUGCAAAUCAGUUCAUAUUUGAGGGACCUUCUCUUUUUUUUUAAAACAAGCAAAAUAUACAGCAAUAUAUACUACAACAAAGCUCAAAACUAUGUUCACGAAUAAAUGGCUCUCUUCUUUGUUGAUAAAAAAUGACUGCGAAAGAAAGAAAAAAGACACUUGGGGGGAUAUUACAUGACGCGCUAAACACUUGCCUUUCAAACUGGCCGCCGAACAAUCACGAACAACAUAACCACGCUUAUAGUCUCUUAGGGUCAGGAUCGUUACAGAGUUGACAAAAGCACCAAACUUUGCACAGCGAUAGCUUAUUGCAGUACCAUGAAUAUUAGAGGGGGUGCCCAAUGCAAAUAUGCCACUGAAGCGUGCUGAACAGGAUUUAAUUAUUGUAAAUUUCACCUGCUGGGGUCCCUGUGGUAUUUUGAUUGAAAAUUGUUAUUUAAUACCUUAAAUCACUCUGAAUUCUAUUCUCAGGUUGUAAACAAUAAUUUCACUCGAACAUCUGGCAUUCCCAUCCAUUUUUGCUUAUUGAUUGUGUAAUUAAGUUGGUUAUUACUGUGCCCUUAAAGCAAGUCCACAGUCCGCCCACAUUUUCAUAAGUCAUUUCUAAGAUGGCCUCGUCUUUGCUUCAUAACUUGCAAGUACUCAUCUUCGGGGGUCUCUUCUCCUUUUCUAAUGUAUUUCAAUUAGAGGAGGCCUUAUUGUGUGGCUUAAGCCUUAUUUAUCAAGUAUUACUUGUCGUUACAUGUCACUUUAAGCUGAAGAAAGCAAACAAAAUUUCAGAAAAAGGAAAUUGUCAAAAAGUCUGUUGUAUCACAUAUUAUCAGGGAUUUAUGACAGCUAUUCAUGAAGAGCAAAUAACGAAAUGCCAGAACCCAAAAUAGUUCUUUCCAAGGGAGGUAAUUAAUUUUUCAGCUUAACAUAGGCCUGGAUGCCUUUCAGUCUCUCUUUAUCCAGUUAUCUGCUGGACGCAAGUGCAUGUUUUGACAGAGAAGCAAGCACCGUGGCACAAGUCAUAUCAUUUACAAUUUCCACAGUUUGUCUAAGCUUUACAAAGCAAAAACAAACAAAAAGAAUCUGGUCUCAUAAACGAAAAAAAGAAACAAGUUAGCGCAAGCUUCAAAAAACAGCACAGUUUAUCAUGAAGCCUCUACAUUUGGCACUGAAGCACUCAUGUCCAAAAAUAAUAACAGCUUAUCAAGUCGUAAAAGUGAGACUCAAGUGGUACAAGAUUGACUCAAAUGAUAAAUGGUGAAUAGUUUAACUGCUGAAACUGUAGAAAGGGGGCCGGGCUAACUUUUAGGGCCUGUUUACAUGAAGGAAGGGGACCCCAGGUAGGAAUGGUAACCCACUUAGGUGGGGUAACCCGCCUGUCCAUAUAAUCUCUCAUUUUAAUUUGAUCACGUUUACAUGAUAGGUGGGGUCACCCUUCAAGGUGGGUAGCCCGGUCUGCCACACCAGGUAACCCUCUCAGCUGAGGUCAAAUUUUGCCAUGUCAACGUUUCAACGUGAGGAAACCCAGGCUAGUCGGGGUCGGAUUCGAGAUACAUCAAAUUCGCGCAAAAUUCACUUUGGCGCUGGGUGGCUUCACAUAAUUAUUAAAUGUAACAAUAGAAAGCCACAACACUGAAGGUUGCAGAAAGAGCAGCAAUUGAGCGUAGACGUGGUUUGCCAGCAUUUUUCUUGUUUACAUGGUUAGCGACCAUUCAUAUAAUCUUGAGAAACUGCACCCCAGGAUGGCGGGGUUGUAAGAUUGCAUGUAAAGGAGGGUUAUUUUUUUACCCCACCUAAGCAGGUUACCUCACCUAUCUGGGGUCCCCCACCUUUAUGUUAACGGGCCCUAAGUGUCAGGAACCGUGAAACUGGUAAUAAACGGUAUACCUAACCCGGGACUAGCUGUGAUACUACCGGCCAUCUUCAAGAACGUCAGCAUAGCAGCCAAAGAAGCCAUUAUAUCGGUGUAAAAGGAAUAUUAGAUUGCGGUUGUUUCAUGCGUCUUGUUUUGUGACUAUUUCUGUGUUCGUUUUUGUCACCAUUUCUAAAUAUCAAUCGUGUUCAAAACACCCCUACUAACAAAAUAUUUCGUAAAGCUCUUUAGAAUGAUAUUCAGCAAUAAAAACAAGGUGUGACCAGGAACCGAUUUCUAGGCUCCUGGUGUGGCAACAUAGGCAUAAGUGAAUGCAAAGUUUUGCAGUAUGUAAUCUGUCAAAAAUCUGUUUGAGUGGUCAAAGUUGGGGCUGAUGGGCUUCUUUAUCAUGACCACUCCAUUAUUAUAAGAGGCCAGGCUAUAAUUAUUGUUGACCCUUGCUUUUUUGGUAUUUUAGGUAAUUUUCCACAGCAUUAUUUUGUGAAAAGCUGGCAACUGAAUUGCUCUUGAGGAAUUCAUGAUCGUAAGAUUUCGUAACCACGGGGUAUUCGCCUAAUUUCAUCAAACAAAUUACGCUAUUUCAUAAAUGAUGCAUCAUUGGUUGGCUAAAAGAGGCCUUGUUCCUGUAAACUUCAGCUUCUCUGAAGUUAGUUUGUUUGUAAAUUGUAACGCACGCGACGACCUUCCUUUUUUUUGAAAGAUCGUAUAGACGUACCAUUAACACUCUGGUCCAGGGGUUCUGAAGUGAAUGAGCCGCUUACAGGUGUACAGGCAUGCAGGGACCUCAUACACUUCUUUUUAAAUGCAAAUGUGCAAAAAAUAAAGAGUGUUAAAAAUUCCUGGAGAGACAUGUUUUACAACCUCGUCCCCAGGGCUUAAUAAAAAGGUAAAGCGACCAUAUUUUACGUCAAUAACUAGUGACAGUAAUAAUAAGUGAUAAACUUGAGGUCGACGGUGCGCUCCUUUUACCCCCCUCUCUCCUUUAAUUCUCCGUUUUAAAGGUAUUUAAAGCUAGUCAAAGCUACACAGAAAAAAGAGAAGUUGAAAUAAGGAGGUGUUGACACCGGGCUCGAACUCGGGACCUCUAGCCCCGAAGGCUGCGCACUAACUAACUGUGCCACCCUUGCUCCUCCUUUUCCCCCUGAGGACGAGGUUGACAUGUUUUAAUCAUUAUCUCAAGGACAGGGUUACCAACGAAGCAAAUUAUAAUCUAAUCUUAGCUGCACAAUUACAAAGUGGGCGCGUUGUCAGUUACGGUUCAUGAGGUCGUUCAUGCGGCAUGUCAAACUUUACGAUUAUAUCGUUUAGGAUGUGAUACAUUUGAGUUUUAUGUUAUUGUAUGACAUCUUUGAAAGCUGGCUUUGUGAUCUGUUUAAAUUGAUAUGUAAUGAUAUUAUCACUGGCAAGUCUUGGCAGUGACACUGAUAGCCGCACAUUCAGCACAAUGAACAUGGCCACACUUACCGUGUGGAGACUGGGCACUAGUCAGUAUUAUGUACACGUAAAACUAUUUUGAAUAGUGUAACAACAACUAAACAUUACCAAAUUAAAAACUUAAAAAUUUGCAACAAAUGUUUUUUAGCCAAAUCAAACAAGAAGAGUACUCACCACAGGACACCCAAUCUGCUAUUAUAGGUGAAAGUUAACCCCCCCUUUUAACUGUAAUUAGGACCAUUUGUAACGGGCACCCCCUCCAGUAUUAAUCGGUAGGUGCUAAGGAAGCUCUGUGCCAAAUUUGACACUUUUGUCACAUCUGUAACGAUCCGGCCUAUAUUUUGUACUAAGAGACCUGACUAUUACUUGUAAGGCGUGUUUAGUAGUAAAUCACCCUGAAAUAGCAUUGACCUUGGAAAAAUGUUUAAUGCAAGGUAAAAUCAUUGUUUGCUUUCGUUGAAUUGAGCGCUUUUUACGAAUUAUGCAAUUUUUCUUGAUAUGUUCACGUUAUUGCACAUCGCUUCUAUAAAAGUAACGAGGGUGAGCCUAUGGAUGGAAACUUAAAAUAAAUGUGGUAAGAGGUCUGUAGUUUGAAAGGAUAAUAAAAUUUGAAAGGGCAAAGCAAUUUUUUUAAAACUUAUCAAUUAAAGCGAUUGAAACAUCGAUGAAAUUGAAAGUUACCCCUGAGGAUGUAUUUUUAGGUUCAGAGCCCCCCUCCUGUCUGGAUUUCCAAAACUGUUAAUCCCCCCUCCCGUGAGAUUUUCCAGCAUGCCUUCUGUUGUGGGGGUGUGGAUUUUGUCUGGAAUAACCCAUUGUUUUGUUUUAAUUCCUAAUCCCACACUUUAUUUUCACAUUACUUGCCCUGUUUUGCUCUGCCAAAUUUAUUCCUUUGAGUUUCUUGUAUAUGUGGCUGAAGUUGACAGGUUCUUAUCAAGUUAUUCAGUCAAAUUGCAUUCACCCUUAGCAUACCCUUUGGCAUGUCUCUGUAGGAAUUCUCAAUUUGUCUUUUUCUUUCUGUAUAAAAAGCUUACAAUGAUAUUAACUCAAAAAACUGAUGUUUUUAUGCAAGUAACAUGUAACAUUUAAGGAGAAAUUAGUUUUAUCAUCCUUGUACUCUCUGUAAGUAUUAUUUUCCCAAGUCAGUUCUCUCAAGACAUACACUGCAGUGUUAACUGAUAAUGUACAGUGUAAUUUAUUGGAUAAAGACAUUUCAAUUGUACCACUUUGGCAGUUCUUUUUGGUCUGGUGCUAUUUAUUUUUCAAUAAAGAUUUAUAACCUAAAACUACUUCUGCCCAAUUCAUGAGUUUAGAUUGGAAGUACUUAAGAGAUGAUGGAGUCUUGAAGUGUAGUUCUACAGUGUACCAUGCAAGUGAAAACUCUUUGACAGAACUUACACAUGGUACUGCUUGUUUUCGAAAACUAAAUUUUGGAUUUUUUGUUGAAUUUUGACUCAAGCCAUCGCUGGAAAAAGUAAGGAGAGGCAAGCAAACUGUAAAGGAUGUUCAGUGAAUCUUAACUGUUACUGAGACACUGACCACAUUUGCCCUAGAUAUGAAGUACAAUGUCACUUGAUUUUAUGGCGUGACCUUGUUAGAAUUACCAUUUUGGAGCUUGAGAGGAAGAAAUUCUAUAUACAAUAAGAUGUAUUGUAUAUAGAAUCUAUAAUGACAAAUGACACUGUCAUUGUUGUUGUGACUUUUCUUCAUUAGAGACAACAUCUAAUUCUCCAUACAUGUAUCUGAUGUUAGACAUUCCGCCAUCACCUUUGUACAAGGUAUGUGCCAAGUAUUAUAACAAGUCAUGUUUGUUGUUGUUGUUUUUUUUAUUGAAUUCAUCACAUUUCAGAGUAAAUAGGUAUGUUGCACAGACACCCAAUGGGAAUUAAGCUGAACCAGAUACAGCUUUCCAACUGAAAGCAUACUUAUUUAUUUAAAUCCUAAAAACUAGUAAAACCCAAAGGUCACGGAGUGCGGGCGACAACGAUCAAAGGUCAAAACACUUUUGCUCCAACGCUGUGCUUUGCAUAAGUUUCACAUGACAGGUACUCAAAACACGCGUGAUCAGAUUACGAGUGAUAGAAGGUCCAAACGCGCGUGAUCAAAUUGUGUUAUGUGCAUUCCAUUCAUUCUUAGUGGAAGUUCAAACAAAUGCUGGCUACAUACAUGCGACGCAUGUGCAAUAACAACCUGGAGAUUAGGAUUGCAGGCUCCUCUUGUCACCUGCAAUAAUGAAAUAUCAGAAGCAGUAGUGAGUCAACAAUUGAUAAUUUCAAAUUCUGUCAUCCAUAUUCUCUGUGUUGUUGGAUUUUAUUUAUUCCAAGUAAUUUGACAUGACCUUUUAAACAAAGAAGGCGUUUAAAACACAAAGAAGUCUCCUGUUCAUGGGAAGUUUAUUUUAUUUAUAUCUUGUAUUUUUUGUUGCUUAGGAUGAGUAUCAACAGAACAUCAUUCCACAGGUAUGUAUUGUUGGAAAGUAGAUACCACAACAUUAUUCAGUCACUUCAGGUUGUUUGAUUAAAAGUCACAGUAAAGAAGUCACACCCAUAACAUGUCCUGAACGUUGCUUUAGUCUCAAGUGAAGUGAAGAAGGGUAUAUUGAAUACAUAUAUUGUUGAAAAAUCUAAAGUUACGGAUUCUUUUUUGAUUGACGUCAUUGUUACUUGAUUAUCGCCAAAUAACGAUAAAAUUUUCACGCGCUUAGUAUUUCCAACAGUAUGUAGUAAAGUUAUGGUAGUUAGUCUCAUCUAUAAGAAAGAGUACAGGCAAUUUAACAUUAAAUUUACUGGAGUAUUCUGCUUUACACCAGGUUCCAUUGUUUCAACUCUUAAGCAAGUUUGAUGGCAAAACAGAAAAGGUUUGUUAUCAUGCAUCAUUUGAUGUUGUUUUAGCAUGCUGUACGAAUACUGGAUACUCAUUGGCUAACUGGAGUGCAUUUGAAAUGCAAUAUGCUGCGCUUGGCUUAUUAUUAUUUCCCUUUCAUUCCAUGGCCAGUGCGUGUGUUUACGCUGUAUUUGUAGGUAAAUAUAAGACUUCAGAAGUCUGGUGAUUUUAACCUUGUGAGUGGAGGCAGUAAAAAUGUGGCCUCUGCUCACAGGGUAGGUGAUCUUGAUCAGCCUGUUCAGUCAAGAUGGCUGAGAAUUGCAGGUAGACUAGUUCUUUCUUUCCUUUUUCAAUGGACCUUGACUUAACCUUGGUCCAUGAAAAUGCACGAAAUAAACUUGUUAAUCUUUAGCCAUCUUGACCGCAUAAUUUUUAUUGUCAAUAACACAUGAAUUAAUUUCAAAAAAUUAUUUAUCCGGCGCUUGGCUUUUGAUUUUUUUAAUUUAUGGUCAAUGUGUUAAUACUGUAUUUGCAGGUAAAUCACUGACAUCAGAAAGUCUAGUGAACUUGGGACAGAUCACAAGAAAAAAGAAAAUGACUGUUUUAAUCAUUAGAUCUAUUCUUUUUGUAGGAAUACAAAACAUACAAGGAAACAUUUGUCAAGAAGUUUGAGCUCACUAAACUACCAAACUAUCUGAUAAUGUGCCUGAAGGUAAGCUACAGCUGUAGGUUAGUUACCUUGUAACAGAUCCAGAUACCAUAUCAUUAAGUACCACAAAUAUAUUGUUUCAAGUGACAGAUAGCUUAACCAAUGUCAAAAAGAAAAGAAUUCUUUUAUCAUGAGAAGUAAAUCAGUACAAGAGUACUCCAAAACUCAAAUUUCUUCAAAGUCGCAUUUUGGCAACCCGGAGCUAUAGAAUGAUCGGUAGACAUAAAAUUGGUUGCCCAGCUAUGGCGGGUCAUUAUUCUGGGAAACUGCAUAGCAAUGUAUGGACCCUUUCAAGGUAUUUUUACAAGUUUUGAUAAAGACUGGUCAGCGAAUAUCCAUUCACAUUGCUGGAAAGAGCGGCUUUAAAUUAGGAAACUUGCCAAGUUUAAGAAGGGUGAUGCGUUAAAAGCGAGCGAAGAUAUCUUUCCACAAAGUCGCGAAAUUUUACCGAGGUUUGUAUUGUUGGGGGCAAAAACUUGCCCCCCACCAUACAAACGUCGGUAAAACUCGGCGACUCGGCGUUAGUUUUCAGCAAAUCGCGUUCAAACAAACUUGGCACUUUACUGAGAUUUGAAGGCGUUUUUUCAGCCAUGUUGACGGAUUUUCGCAUAGUGGUCCCAGUCAAAGGGUAAAACAACCGAGGAAGAGUCUAUUUAGAGGUACACGUGACUGACAUCUCGAGGCUUUAUUGCUGGACAACCAGGGUAAAAGGGGCGAUAUACGGAAAAUGAAGCUUUUAAACAACUAUUUCGUGAAAAUGUCUGGCUCAAACUGAAAUGGCUGUAGAAAGACCACAGAGUAACACAACCAAUAUAUUUAAGCACUACAGUACAGCUUAGAACACGAGCUGCAGUUUUAGCUGGGUUGCAGCUUCGAGCGUUGUUAAAACUGUGAUGGCUGAGAGCAAGUCCCAGAAUACCAACCACCAGUUACUUGUACCAAACCGCUACUACAACUUCUGAUUAGUAAACAGAUUGGACUUUUCUGUUGGAGUACACAAUAUUAUAGAUUAAGAAGUGUAUAAAGAAGGAAAGAUUGUGAUGAUUUUUAGUAGAGGAGGUGCAAACUUGAGUGCCUGGCGUGAUUCAGACUUGUGACCUGCUAUGGUUGGUUUGAACUUUACUUUUUGUAAGGUGUCUUCACUUUCUUUUUUCUUUCUUUUUUUUUUGCAUAGAGAUUCAAUAAAAAUAUGUUCUUCAAGGAGAAGAAUCCAACAGUAGUAAAUUUUCCUGUCAAGUAAGUGUUUUAGAGUAACGAUGUGUUGUGUAUUUUUUUUGUGAUGCGAAGUUUUCAAGUUUGAAUUGUGUGGCAGAUUUGUCCAGCAUAAGUGCAUAGAGGAGAGAGGGACAGUGAAUCUCUAGAGGAAAUCUACUCCCCAUACACAUUCUCAAACCUCACUGGGGCAGAUACAGUGCGGAAACCUGUAAUAAGAGGACACUAACAACACCCUUGUUAGUGUCAUUUCGAUAGAGUUGUCUGCUAAAAAGUUGCUGUCUAGUGGUCUUGACGUGGGCCAUUAUUAGAGCAGUAUCUUAACCACAGUUGCUUAAUUUUAAGGGGAGUGGACAUGGCAGAGUAUUUGGUCUCAGAUCCUGCAAUACAAGAUGCCCAUCCUUACACUCAGUAUGAUCUGAUAGCAAAUAUUUGUCAUGAAGGAGAACCUGGAAAAGGUAAUGUUAACCGUCUUCAUAUCUAGGGAGCUUAAGGUGAUGUUACACAAGACGAUUCGCAACGACGAUUUUUAGCUCAACACAGCAUUGCAACAUCGCUGCGACAUUGUUUUGAAUAGUUAUAACAUUGCUCCAAUAUUGCAACGCUGUGUUGCGUUAAAAAUCGUCGUUACGAAUCUUCCCGUGUAACGUCACCUUUAAACAACCACGAGAAAGACGGCGACUAGUACUGCAAAAAAGCAAUUGGUUUAGAUUGACACUUGAAAACAACAUCCUCUGCACGUGCAUCACGCUUUUUUGUACGUUUCUUUGCCGUCGCUGCCCGACUACGACGUGAAACUGCCUAAUUUCACUUUUUUGUGGUGGCCGUGAACACAAGACAACAAGACAAUAAUUUUCUAAUUUUUUUUUAGAACUUCGAUACAAUCCUUUAAAAUUCAACCCCAUAGAAAUUCAGUAACAUUUGACAAAUUGAACGACAUGAAAUAAGGAUGAAUUUUGAAACAGCUUGAAUUCACUUUUUAAUUUUUGCCACCAUCGUCGUCGUUGUUGCUCACUCUUAAAACGGACCUGGGCAGCCAUCAGAACAUGACUGUUUUGUAUUUUUUUUGUGUGUGUGUAUCCAAAGACAUCCAUUAACCGAUCAUUGUUUACGUUUUCCUCCCAAAACGAUUUCAGAGUUCCAAGUGCUGGAACAAUUAGCGCUGGUGAUCGGCUUAUCCAAAGUGUCCAAAAGGGCUCAAAACACUUGUUCUGUGGGGCAGAUCUGGGUGCCAAAAAUAGUCGCUUUUUGGUGAAAAAGUGGAGCAACUGUUAGGAAACAUGCCUUAAAAUUUUCUUUUUCCAAAUACUCUUUUCUAGAUAGAAACUUGGAAGGCACUCCUGUUACUGAUUAAUUGAACAGUACUGAAAGACCAGUUUUAAUCCCGGACGUCGUUAGAAUCACCCUUUUGGGUGUUGAAUGUUUUUGCAUUGACAAUCCUGCUAUUGAUACUUAACUUUUGAUUAUCUUGCUCUCCACAGGUGCUGGAAAUUUUAAAGUUCACAUUCUGCACAAAGUAGGUCUUCCCUGGUGAUAACGAUCCAAAUAAUGAGAAAACUAAACAAAUCUUGAAAAUGUGAAUUACUUUAAAAUACGGAGGUCAAGGUUGUUUCUUGGUGUCGCGGACGGGGCGAUCACCAAAGGACGUGUUACAGAGAUUUUCCUAUGACCUUUAAAUGAAAACGCGCGAACAAAGAAGAAAGAACAAACGAACGGAAAUAGAGCGAUUUGAUUGGUUUAUCGAACGGAUACAAACGCGCGUGGUUUUUAGUUGGUUAAGCGAACGCUCGGGUAAAAAACUUCAUGCCCAAGAACUUUCUAGAAAUAAACCGAUACUUCUCUUUGACGUCAUACUGCAACACGAUUGGCCAAUCGAACAAUGCCUUCUCCAUAUUAGGGUUUUCUUUGGCGGGAAAACGAAGAGUCCAUGUUUUGAUCUGUUCAUCCAUUGGCUGAUAAAACAAAUAACGAAAAAAAAAAAUCCGCGGCGCACAGUAAUUAGGAGUACAGAAUAUUAUUAUUGUUUAUGUCUUGGGUUUGUCAGAGUGCUUUAGUUAUGCACUUGUGUACUGAUGUAGUCUUUUGGUACUAUUUAUCUCAGGGAGCUAACAAGUGGUACGAACUUCAAGAUCUUCAUGUUAAAGACAUCCUUCCUCCAGUGAUAACGCUUUCUGAUUCCUACAUACAGGUAUUAUUAUACUAAGAGUAUUCUGCGUUUUAUUAGUCAAUAUAUUGCUUCAUCUCGUCAUUUGAGUUUUAAGAGCUGCAGGAACAGCAAGCAGGGUUCUAUCUAAGGUAUUUGAGGGGUAGAAGCUUCCCCCCCCCCCAAAAAAAAAAAAUAAAUGUCCAGCUUCCCUCCGAAAUAUAAUGUUAUCAUUACAGUAUACAAGUAACUAUAUAGGAAAAUCAUCCAGACGCGACGAAGUCAGUAGUCUGUCAGUGCACAUCAGGGCGGAUAAAGGUUGGGCGGUGAAACGAACGCGUCCGAGCAAAAAGGUGUGAUGCCGUGGACUGGGACUCUGCUUAGAAAUGUCCCUUGUUUUCGACUUCGGUCAGGGCUUGUGAUGUAAUUUGUCCAUUAGACACUGCCGCUGUCACUGAAUUAUGGCGGCUUGAUUUGUUUUCUUGCACUUCUUCCUCGUUCCUUUGUGCUGGUACGCUGUCUCCGAGAGGCAAAUGUCGCUAUUUUUUGCGGGAGGUUAAGUUGGAGUAGACAAACAUCUCUUUCAAAGGGUUUCUCUUCCAUGACUCUAUCACUGAAUUAUAUUUUCGUUCUAUUACUCGCCAAUGUCGAUGUUAUUCCAAAACAAAAACAACUAAGUACUGUCUAAAACACGAAGAAAAAUCUCAUCCAUGUCAUCCAUGGCAAAACUAAAAGACAGCAGAUCGUGUUUCAUAACUAGAUGACGUCGUAUUUUAUGAACGCGUGCAGCUCGUGAAACGUGAAAUUAUGCUAAUUUCAAUCGCCAUCAUCCUUCUUUUUAAUUUUGAAAAAAAACAUCUCAUAUGUCUUUCUGUUUCUUCGAAACUUCAAAAUUAGUUUCCCCUCAGUUUUUACUGUUUACCUUGUUUUGUUUUUGAGAGAUAAAAGGACAAAAAACCUUACAACUAACCUCAAUAAAUUUUGUUUACAUACGGUUGCCGGAUUUGCGACGCAUUGCGCGAAUCGCCAUGGCGCGUUGCACCCGAGAAGCAAAGUUUGAAGCAGUACAACGCCACUAUAUCAAAAUAUAUCAAUCUAAUAUUUUGUUAUGUUAUAUAAAAUUUAUCCCCCUUUAACAUAUGUAAAAAUUGAGGUUAAGAAGUGUUAAGCUUUUGCAAACGAAACGGCGAAAGACGAUUAGGUGAUAUUUAGUGGGAGAAGGAGGUAUUCAACACUUUCAAAUUAAACUCAAAUUUUGGCAUUAUAACACCAACAAGUUUGACUUAUAGGCAUACAGACACAAACAUAUGAAACUGUUUAUUGAUAUUGUUAUGAAACGAAUUUAUCUAUUGAACAUUGUAGCCUGAAAUUACAGAAAGAAAAUAGGAUUUCCGGUUAGCAAAAAGGAAAAUUUCGCCAGCCUUCAAGCGCACCGGAAGCGCGGAAAGAGCGCUCGUGCCAGUCCUACUCCGCAUCACACAUUAAAUGAAGAGCGGAGCGCUCGUUUCAUCGCCCAACAUUUAUCCGCCCUGGUGCACAUGAAGUAAGUAUUCCCUGUCUAAGGACACUAUAUGACAAGAAACAUGAUCACGACUAUAAAAUAAAAUACCACUGUAACAUUUCUCAAAAUUGUGUCUCAAAAUGCACCAGAUUGCAUCUCAGCGCAUAUUCAUUUCAAAAAAUUUCCGGUCGGCAACCUCCUAGCUCUUCAAUUCUCCGCCUACUUUUGCAUAUGCCCAGCAACGUGAAAUGAUAGCCCUGGGUAUAGGUUAAUACUACAGGCACAAAAUAGAAGUCACGUUGUCCCCUGUCAUUUUAGUUGAUUUCAUAUUUCAUUGGGAGCAAGUAUUAGUACAGUUGUUUAGUGCGCGACCUUCUUUGCGCGUGGUGCCGAGUUCGAUUCCUAGGUGUGAUCUCAAAGCCUUGUUUCGACUUCUUUCCUUUCCGUGUAGCUUAAAGGACUUUGAAAACCUGUAUUUAGGUGCGCUGACAAAAAGAGAGGGAGGGGAAGGUACAAUAAAUGCAUUGUCGGCCUCAGGUUUUUUAGUUAGUUGAUGACUAUUUUGAACUAUCGACGUAAAAUAAGGACCCUUUAAUGUUUACAGAAUUGUGUUGAGCCAAAGCCAAACUUUAGCUCACCAUGUAUAUGCAAAUACGCCUCUAAAUAGAAUUAAAAAAACACUUGAAUUGAUGGAUAGUCUGCGAAGCUGGCGGGAUCGUCGGUGCUCGUAUUGAGGCAGAAGAGUUGCAAAGCCCUGCGGGGAAUUGGGCAGACACAUUAAAAUCCAAAGUAAGAUAACUGAAGCAGUCUUUGAGGUAGCCUGCGUAGCAACUCUCGUUCCUCGUUCUUUGCUCCGAAACCGCAGCGAAACGCUUGCUACGCAGGCUAUCUUUGAGGAGAUGAAAGUGUUAGUUGUUGACCCGUCUUGACCACAACACAAAGUUGAAAACAAAAUUUAGCGGUCUUGCCAUCUUGGAAGUUCGUCUCCCCUGGUCUCAUGAUAUUAGACAAUUAGUCUGUAGGAAUCGUGCCUACAUGAGUGAAAAAGUGCGGAGAGGAGGAAAGUGUUCCAUCUCUCAUCCCCGUUCACCCAGAUUUGCUUUCCUAAGCUUAACAGAGUCAUCUGAUAACCUCAGAAACUCAUUCAAGGCUUGUGAGAUAACUUUGUUGCUAAGUCGAGGAUAACUUAUAUUCUUUUCUUUAUUGCAGAUAUACGAGCUACAAAAAGAGUCGAACACGCAAAAGACAACAGGCACGUGAAUUGGAGUGAAGAAUAAAGAUUAUUUGCCCUUCUCAUGAUGCAAAUUCAUAGUUGACUCAGCCUGUAUGUAAAACAGUACAGAGAACUUUAUCCGAGUGUAUUCACACACAUCCCGGCUAAUAAAACAAAAUCCCAGCCCCAAACCUUCACUUCUCUCUCCACGAUCCACUGGAAAAACUGUGCCAGUAUUAGUUUCAUCCAGUAUUUAUGAUAAAGACUUGAGAAGCGAAAAAAAGUCUUGUUGAUAGCAAUACAUGUUUGUUUUGUGCUGUAGGUACUGUUCAGGGCCCCGUCCACACGAAUGCGGAUAUUUUUGAAAACUGAUUGUUUUCUCCGUUGUAGCCUUCCGUCCACAAGGAAACGGCGUUGUUAGGCACCAAAAUGCACGUUUUCAAAAACGGUCCCCGGGGUGGAGAUUUUUGAAAACGCUGACUUCUCGAUGUCAUACAUAAUACAGCACAUGUCCUGUAAGGAAUUCAAUUGCAUGUCCAUCGUUUUAGCGUUUUCGUGUAGACGGGCGAAAACGAUUCUCAUACGGUACGUUUGGACGCGUAUUUUUUGAAAACGAAGAAAAAAAUCAGCGUUUUCAAAAAUAUCCAUGUUUGAUUUAUACAAGAACCCUACCCCAGGCGAGCAGAGUAUUUACUGAUUAUUUCACAUUCUGCCCAAUGUAAUAAUGUAAAGAUAGUUAAAUCACU